AGCACGGGGGCUAGCACUUUUCAGCGCUGUACAGAUAAAGUCGAGUGCAAAGCCGGAAUUCUGCUGCCCGUCUGGCUACCUCUGGACCCCCCCUUGCCUGAGCAGGCAGGAAGAGCUAUCAUUUACUUCCUGUGUCUGCUGUACAUGUUCCUGGGCGUGUCCAUCAUUGCUGACCGCUUCAUGGCAGCCAUUGAAGUCAUCACCUCACAGGAGAGAAAAGUGACAAUAACCAAUGCUAAUGGAGAAAAGGUUGUGAAGACAGUACGCAUCUGGAAUGAAACAGUGUCCAACCUUACACUUAUGGCAUUGGGCUCAUCUGCUCCAGAGAUACUGCUUUCAGUUAUAGAGGUGUGUGGCCAUAACUUUGAUGCAGGCGAGCUGGGUCCAGGCACCAUUGUCGGCAGCGCGGCAUUUAACAUGUUUGUGAUUAUCGGUGUGUGUGUGUGGGUGAUCCCAGAGGGAGGCGUGAGGAAGAUCAAACACCUGAGAGUCUUCUUUGUCACAGCGUUCUGGAGCAUCUUCGCCUACAUUUGGCUUUACCUCAUCCUUGCCGUCAUCUCUCCUGAAGUUGUGGAGGUGUGGGAGGCUCUUGUCACAUUGCUGUUUUUUCCUGUGUGCGUGGUUCUUGCUUGGAUCGCUGACCGUCGCCUGCUGUUCUACAAAUACCUUCACAAGCGUUACCGUGCCAAAAAACGCCAUGGCAUCAUCGUGGAGAUGGAGGGAGAGCUGGCACCCAAGGGCAUCGAUCUCAUAAUGGACGAAAAGUUCCAUAGCAACCCCAACAACUCCACCAGCAACUCAACUAGUACCAUAAUCACCAUGGAAACCCACAAACAGCCAGAGCAAGACAGGGAGGAGGUGAUCCAGAUGCUAAAGGAACUGCGGCAGAAACACCCUGAUAAAGAUCUGGACCAGCUGAUAGAGAUGGCCAACUACACAAGCUUACAGAAACAGAAAAAAAGCCGGGCCUUCUACCGUGUGCAGGCCACGCGCAUGAUGAUCGGAGCCGGUAAUGUGUUGAAGAAACACGCGGCCAUGGAAAACGCGAAGCGUGCCAUGUCAGAUGGUGCUGGAGAUCUGGACUCGGCCAACCUGGUCCGCGUGGCCUUUGAACAGCCUCAGUACCAAUGCUCGGAGAACUGUGGUUCCGUCAGCCUGUGGGUCAGUCUGCAGGGAGACGCGGGAACCAAAACGCUUCACUUGGAUUAUCGGACAGAGAACGGGUCAGCCAAUGCAGGAGCAGAUUAUGAGUACUGCGAGGGAACAUUGGUGUUUCAGCCCGGAGAGACACGCAAAGAGAUCAAAGUGGCAAUCAUAGAUGAUGAUGUGUUUGAGGAGGACGAACACUUUUUUGUGCGACUGUCUAACCUCCGUGAGGGUGAGGGCGGGACCAACACAGAAGGCGCCUGUUUGGUCGAGCCACAGGUUGCCACGGUGAUUAUCCUGGACGACGACCAUGCGGGCAUCUUCUCGUUCGGGCAGAAGGAGCUCAGGGUGAGCGAGAGCUCGGGGAUCGUGGAGGUGGUGGUGGCACGGAAUUCGGGCGUUAGGGGAACGGUCAUGGUGCCGUACCACACGGAGGAUGGCACAGCUCGACAGGGCGUGGACUAUGAGCACACACAGGGAGAGCUGGAAUUCACCAAUGAACAGACAAGUCAGACACUACAAGUGCGAAUCAUUAAUGUCGAGGAAUUUGAGAAGAAAGAAAACUUCUUUAUUGUCCUUGAGGAACCUAAGUGGCUCAAAAGAGGAAUUUCAGCAGUUCUCUUAACAUCCUCUCUCUUUCUCUUUCUCUUUCUCUCUUUUUCUCUCUCUCUCUCAGGUGCGCCCAGUCCGGAGGAGGAGGAGGCACGGAGGAUAGCUGAGAUGGGCAAACCGAUACUGGGAGAACACAGCAGACUGGAGAUCAUCAUAGAGGAGAGUAUGGAGUUUAAGAACACGGUGGAUCGUCUUUUGAAGGACACUAAUUUAGCUGAAGUAAUCGGGACACACACGUGGAAGGAACAGUUCAUUGAAGCUCUGACUGUCAGCGCAGCUUUUGAUGAGGAUGACGAAGAAGGAGGAGAAGAAAGGAGGCCAUCUUGUUUUGAUUAUUUCAUGCACGUGAUGACAGUGUUCUGGAAGGUUCUGUUUGCGUUUGUGCCGCCCACGGAGUAUGGGAAUGGCUGGGCCUGCUUCGUGAUGUCCAUUCUGGUCAUUGGCUUUCUCACAGCCAUCAUCGGGGACUUGGCCUCUCAUUUUGGCUGCACUGUGGGCCUGCGGGACAGUGUCACUGCAGUGGUGUUUGUGGCUCUGGGCACCUCUGUACCAGACACAUUUGCCAGUAAGGUAUCGGCCAUUCAGGAUGAGUAUGCUGAUGCCUCUGUGGGGAAUGUCACGGGCAGUAACGCUGUGAACGUGUUCUUGGGCAUUGGCGUGGCUUGGUCAGUAGCUGCCAUCUACUGGGAGGUUAAGGGUGAAGUGUUCCACGUAGACCCCGGCUCCCUCGCCUUCUCUGUCACGCUCUUCACCAUCUUUGCCUUCAUAAGCAUGGGUGUGCUGUUGCUACGGCGACGGCCCUCCGUGGGGGGAGAGCUGGGUGGGCCAAAGGUCACGAGGAUUCUGACCACACUGCUGUUCUUUGGCCUCUGGUUCCUCUAUAUCCUGUUCUCCAGUCUGGAAGCCUACUGCCAUAUUACUGGCUUCUGA